AUUAGAUUGAGAAUAGUUUGUGCUGGCUCCUUUCCAUGUUAGCCUGAACAUUUACAAUGAAUUUAAUAGGAAAUGUUUUCUCUACCUUGCAGCCAUAGCUUCUGGCCUGAAUCAUAUGUAAAGAAUGAGGGAAUACAAUUGAUUAUAAAACCCACAUCAGUGUAACAUGCAUUUUCAGGAUAAAAAAAGAAAAUAUUCAGGAUACUCAUACGUAUACAUGCAGACAAAAGAAAUGAAAAGUUGGUCUGUUGCAGAUUUAAGUGUAAAUCUUUUACAGGUCACCUGGUUGAUGUGGUACAGAGCUCAUCAACUUUAAAGCUGCGUGCACUCGUGUUGGUCACAAGCUUGGUAACAAAGGUCACCUGGUGUUGGCUCAGUGUGUCACAAACAUUCAGGAUGCUGAAAACACCAGACGUGCUCCUUCUCCUCUGUCUUGUCGGGGCAACGGAUGCCCUGUACAAGCAGUGGAUCCCCAACACCAACUACGAGAACAAGACCAACUGGGACAAAGGAGCUGUUCCAUGUGGCAGUGACAUAGUUCAGUUCUCAGCCCAAAGAAAAGUGUCUGUGUUUUUGGAGACUGCGCAUGCUGUGCAGGAGCUGAGGCUGCCAGUUGAUGGAGAGUUCAUCCUGUAUGAGGGAGCUGGAUUUUAUGUUGUGUCAGGACAAGAUCCAGGCUGCGGACAAGGUGUCACUGCCCGGUUCAACGAUUCAGACUCUCUGCAGUGGUUUGACCCAGCUCUGUGGCAGGCAGGUGUAACACAGAAUGAACUGCAGCGUCAACCCUUCCUGUUCUCGGUCCACGAGGAGAGCGUCCCCUGCCAGUACGAUGAGGUCAUUUUUAAAGCCCUCUCCUCCUUUAGAGUGGACACCAGCUCCAGUCAGUCUAGCAUCCCUGUGAAAUCCGUGUCUGUGCUGGGGGAGGUGUUUGACAGCAGAUCUGAGUUUUCUGAGUACCUUAGCUCACGCUCAGGUCGGCUGCAGUUUCACGGAUCCUCUGCAGUCACUGUUGGGAAUCCAGGCUGCGGGGAUCCUUCUGGCUGUGAGUGUGGGAACUCUGUAAACCGUCAGCGGAUCUGUAGCAGUGUGACAUGCCCGUCCCUGAACUGCAAGAAGCCUCUCUUCCCUGUCGGACACUGCUGUGAGGUAUGCGGGGCCAUCAUCACCAUCCAUUAUGCUGCUGGUUUCAACCUAGAGAGUUACAGGCAAAGGAUCCAUCAGCUCUUUCUUGUAUGGCCUAAGUAUGAAUCCAUCCAGCUGGGCAUGUCUAAAGUCUUCAAGUCGCAACGUUUGAUGGGGAUCGUCCCUUUCGGUAGCACACCUGAGAUCCAGGUUGUUAUUAUGGACGGAGAGACAGGAGCACGGUCAGAGGCUCUGGCCUGGGAGAUCUUGGAGGAUGCCCGUUCCCAUGGCUCUAAACUCGGAAUCGCUGCGACUGAACUUCAAGCCUCCUCUGGUAACAACCAGUCUGGAGGCAAUGCAGGGAUGGUGGUUGGAGUUGUAUUUGGAGUCUUGAUCAUGAUUAUGCUUAUUAUCACUGUGGUCGCCCUGAUUCACAAGGGCGUUGUUCAAAUGCCAUCAAUGCCGUCUGUGCCUUCUCUGAGGAGCUUCAAGAGAAAGAGCGACACUGGAGACCUUGUAGGGCCUCUUGACCAUGGAUUUGACAACCCAAUGUUUGACGACCUCAACGUGAUGUCUGACCUUCCUGGUCUGCACGGGAAUGAAAUGAACCCAAUUUCCAUGACUCAGACAAGUGGUGUGUACUUUGUGAAUCCAGUUUAUGAUGAGAAUGAAACUGAUUUUAAUGCCUAGGUAUGUUAAUGAUUUCCAAAGUACUUUUGCAAUGUGAAGAUUUCACACACCCUCCAUAAACAAUCCAUUGUCCCACAGCUUUAUGAUAUAAUAAUUCAGCAAUGUAAAUAGACUUACACAAGUACAAACAGUCACUUAAGCUUUUAUUAACUGAAUGAACUUGUAACACAAAUAAAAUCAUUGUUAGA